AUGUCCUGCCCACUCAGCCAGAUCCCCUUAGGGACCAGGGCCAUGCUGGGCCAAGUGCUGUGGCUCCUGCUGGCUGCCUGGAUGCUGACUCCAGUGCUGAGUGCUAGCCCACAGGUCCCAACAGACCCCUGCUAUGAUGAGGCAGGAGCCCCACAGCGCUGUAUACCAGAAUUUGUCAAUGCAGCCCUGGGGCGUGAGGUGCAGGCUUCCAGCACAGACCCCCGGCAGACCCACCCAGCAGCCUUCCUGACAGAUGCAAGUGCAGCAGCUGACCGUACCUGCUGGCGCUCAGAAACACUGACCCGGACACCACUAAAUGUGACAUUGACACUGCCGCUGGGCAAGGCCUUUGAAGUAGUCUACGUGAGUCUGCACUUCUGUUCAGCGAGGCCUGACUCUGCUGCUGUCUUCAAGUCCCAGGACCAUGGCCGAAGCUGGUCACCACUACGCUUCUUCUCCUCACAGUGUAACCGAGUAUACGGUAGGCCAAGUCGGGCUAUGGGACAGGCCCCUGCCCAGGCCUCUUUGGGCUCCAUAGUCCCUCGAGGCCCUGAAGCACUUUGUUCUGAGCCUCCACCAAGGACUGGUCCCCUCCUAGCCUUCAGCAUGCAGGAUGGCCUCCCACCUGGCCAGGACUUGGAUUCCAGUCCUGUACUACAGGACUGGGUCACAGCCACAGACAUCCGUGUGGUGCUCACCCGGCCAGUGGGGCCAAGGGCAACAGAGGGUGGGGUGGUGGCACCAUAUGUUUACUCUGUGGGUGAACUCCAGGUGGGUGGGCGCUGCAAAUGCAAUGGACAUGCAUCUCGAUGUGUGGUGGACACCCAGGGCCGCCUGGUGUGUGACUGUAGGCAUGGCACUGAAGGCCCGGAUUGUGAGCGAUGCAAGCCUUUCUACUGCGACCGGCCCUGGCAGCGGGCCACAGCCCAUGAGGCACACGCCUGUCUGGCCUGUUCCUGUAAUGGUCAUGCUCGUCGCUGCCGCUUCAACAUGGAAUUGUACCGAUUGUCCGGGCGGCGUAGUGGGGGUGUUUGCCUCAACUGCAGGCAUAAUACAGCAGGGCGGCACUGCCACUACUGUCGUGAGGGUUUCUACCGUGACCAAACCCGAGUCCUGAGCCACCGACGUGCCUGCAAGGCCUGUGACUGUCACCCUGUUGGAGCUGCUGGCAAAACCUGCAAUCAGACAACCGGUCAGUGCCCAUGCAAGGAUGGAGUGACAGGCCUUACCUGCAAUCGCUGUGCUCCUGGCUUCCAACAGAGUCGCUCACCUGUAGCACCAUGUGUCAAAAUUCCAGCUAUGGUACCCACAGGAGUGACCAGCACUGUGGCCCCUGAGGAUUGUGACUCUCAUUGCAAACCAGCCAGGGGGAGCUACAGGAUCAACCUGAAGAAAUACUGUGGAAAAGACUAUGCGGUGCAGGUGGCAGUGGGCGCUGCUGAGGCCGUCGGUUCGUGGACGCGCUUCUCUGUGGCCGUGGUGUCAGUGUACAAGAGCCGUGAAGAGCGUGCGAGGCGCGGGGAGAGCGUCCUGUGGGUUCCCGCACGGGACCUGGCGUGUCGCUGUCCACGCGUGCACCCGGGGCACAGUUACUUGAUCCUGGGCGGGACAGGACCGGGAACCGGGGUCGGGGAGCGGGCGGGACUUACCGCCGGGCGGGGCAGUCUGGUUAUCCCCUGGAGGGAUGCUUGGGCUCGGAGGCUCAGGAAAUUACAGCGGCGGGAGCGGCAGGGACGCUGUGGAGGGGCCGCGUGA